CGACACCAGAAUUGCCGUCGGUCCACUGGCGUUGGUACAAGGCCUUCUGUUUCGGUCCAGAACAGAACGUAACAAGAAGAAAAGAUUACACCACAUCGCAUCGGCAUCGGCAUCGGCAUAAGCAGCGAGUCCCAUCGCAUCGCAUAGUAUCGCAAAACAUAAGAAUCACAUCAUAACAUAACACACGGGAUUUCACGGGCAGGAUGGAGCAGGCUUCAGUUGGGGGCAAUGCCKAUAGCAUUGGUCUUAGUGSAAGAGGGGCACAAAACAAACGACUGGAGGACCCKCCAUCAAAUUUUGCGGUGGACAAUAUAUURGCGGAUGAACUCAACAGACUCAGUUUCAAGGAUCGCCAGGCAAUCGAAGAAGAGCUUCACGGCGUCCGUUGCGGGGCAGCAGAKGAAUCCCCCGAUCUUCUCAAUAGUUCCUUGCAAGAAUUCGACCUGCAAGUAAACGCAAGGAAAYUAAACCACAGGGUGUUGCGGAAUGUUGUGUACACAACAUCUAGACCGCAAACACCGUCCCACGUGCAACAAUUCKGUUGCUAUCUCAAUAAUCAAGACAUACGGCUGCGAUUUUUGCGAUCAGAGUGUUUUGUGGUCGACAAGGCUGUUCAGCGUCUUAUCGAUUUUCUGGAGUUCACAUCAGAUCUCUUUGGCGAUUAUGUCGCGGAGCGGCCCAUCAAACUUUCUGAUUUCAACGAAGAGGAAUUCAUUUGCCUACAGCAGUCAAGAAACCAAUACCUCCCUUUUCGCGACCGGAGUGGACGACGUGUUCUUACCGGGGUUGGAAAUUGCAAUUUCCAUUUGCCCGUACCUCUGCGUUUUAAGAUCCUCAUGUAUCUUCAUUGGGUGGUAUCGGAGGAUGUCGAAACGCAACGAAAGGGCGUUGUGAUUGUUGCAUGGGUCUUUGAUGAGGCAAACGACAAUACUUGGGAGCAAAAGAUUCGACCCGAUAUGCAAUCUAACCUCCGCUCGUACCAUAAGCGCCAAAACAAUGCCCUUCCGGUACGGGUGGCAAGUCUGCAACAAUACUACAACAACUCGCCCUUUUUCAAAGCCCUAUCGUCUUUGUAUGUCUUCGGAUUAAAUUCGCAAAUGCGAUCGAUCUACAAGGCACAUUUUGGUACGCACUGCAUGACAGAGGGUUUUGAAUAGAACUUWUUGAUUUGGAUGUCGUCUUGGAUCGUGAUGUUGUUGCUUACACCAACCUUUGUUGUUUUUUCGAWRAUCAAUAGGAAGUCAAACAGAACUUCGUUACAAACUAUCUAGUUAUGGAGUACCGACUGAUAUGCUACCCAUCUCGUGUACCGGAACCGUAAAAUACAGCAAUCAUUUGGCAUGGCUCAAUUUUCUUCGAACCAAGAUGGAUUGGGAGUGCUCAAAGACACCUCUCAAAGAGGAGAUUGUAGAAUGCCCAAGAUCCUAUGAUGUGAUCUUUCGCAAGGGUCCUACCUUCCGAAAUAAUCCCGGAAACAUGUACUAUCGCGAGUUGAUAGAGACCAACAGCCGCGAGCACUCGAACGGGAAAACGAAGAGAGAGAAAUAUGAAAUCACCUUACGGAUCCUCAGCGCCAUUGAAGACCGCAACGGGCGAUUCCUUGAAUGGUCAAGAAAAAAAGAAAUGUGGAUUCUGAUGCAGGACCGACAAAUGGUUCGGUUAAAGAUCGCUGCCGCCCUCAAGCAAUACAAGCGCACAAGAAAAGAUSAGMUCGAGAACACCAUCAUGAACGCCGYAUCAAUAUUUGAAGAGAGAACCCUCAGUGACAGCGAAUCAAGUAAUCUUCGGAGGUAUUACGCGAUGGAUCACCACCCUAUGAAGCGGAAGAGGGGAGAUUGUUGUGGAGGAGGAUCUAACAAGUGUUCCAAGGGCGACAGUGGUUUGAUUUUCGGGAAAGGAUUUUUUCCGACGGAAUGACCAACGAAUGAAAAUGAAUCAAUCGCUGCGUCAAGGGCCAGCAGCAGCUGUGGCAUACACGGGUCAGAAUCGACUCGACGAACGCAUGCCAUUCCACUCGCAACCGCAACCAAACGAUUUUUUUUGGUUUCUUUCCUAUUGUGUUGUUGAAGAGGAAAGCACAAACAACAUAUAGGUAAGGGAAGUGUUGCGUUUUGUGUCGUCCUUUGAACCUCCCUCGACACAUGUACAGGGGCCAUGUAACUAAUGAUAUUCAAUUUUUUCAAUACAGUAAUUGUUAAUUCUUUCCGUCACGCAGACAAGCGGCAUAGUGUGAGAUCACCACCAAAUAAAGUCUCAAAUGCACCACUGCAUUACCAAUAGUACUAGUACGUCCUCAAAGAGGAAUAGUAGGCAUAAUAAUACUACUUGAACACU